AAUCCUGACUUAAUGAAUCUAAUGGUAUUAUCUAAAAGGAAAACUGAGCUGUAGCUUAGUCUACUGUAUGCAGCAGCCUGAUUUAGCGCCAAAAUACCUGUUAGAAACAACAUGGGUCCUUUAAUGUUUGUUUUUUUCAGCUGAAAUAUUAACAAAAUAUCAUCCAUGUAAGCAACUAUAUUUAUACAAGUAGCAAAUGCUGAAAUAUAAUUUUGAGUGAGGCUCCUAAUUUCACUUUCAGUUCAGAGAAAUGCAUGGACUCAAAAGUUUCCACAGACUAGAUGGCGCCAGGUCUUGACACACUCACAGGAUAUGUAAAGUCUCAUUAUCCCACAAUCAUUGGAAUCGAUCAGGCAUUAACAAGGGUCCCUACAUAUGCAAAUGCGAUUAGGGGCUGACCCCCCUAUAAAAGCCGACCGUGGCCGGCACAGACCCUCUGACACUUGGCGGAUUUACAUGUCACAGCUCCACUGUGAACAUGGUGAAAUACUUUUCUGUGGACUGGCUGGCCCAGAACCAUCACAAUACCAUUCAGGGGCACUGUGCUGACAUGGACACGACCCUUACCUGCAAACCUCACAUUCCCUGCAUGGUGCAGCCAAGCCCACCGCCCCUUGGCAAAGGUUACCUGCAGAUAAAGUCCAGAGUAGUUAAACGCUUCGAACACGUGGGGCCAGCGGAGAGCUGCGGGGCCGAGGACUCAACACUGUGCUCGCCACUGGAUUCAUCAAACUGCACCUCACCGAUUUGUGACGUCAGCGAGUACCUCUGCGGGUAUGAGAGCGACCCGGUUUCCCCGAAUAGCCUCUCCGUGGAUGAGGGGAACGAGGGGAGAAAAGACGCGGGACCCCAACGCCGAGUUCGCACAAAGUUUUCGCCCGAGCAGAUCAAAAAACUGGAACGGAUAUUCAUCAAGCAGAAAUAUUUGGAUGCCGGGGAGAGAGAGAAGACGGCACAGAAGCUGAACCUCACAGAAACUCAGGUGAGGACCUGGUUUCAGAACCGAAGGAUGAAGCUGAAACGGGAAGUCCAGGACUAUCUCACUCCCCAAGUCCCGCCGGUCAUUUUUCAGCCUCUGCCUCCGGUUCAGUACCACAGCAUGGCCGGACAUCUACCCCAUUACUCUGCUACGGGCCAUCCCUUUUACCCAUUACCCGUCCCGCAGCUGCUCCACCAUCAGCACAUGCCUCUUCACUACCCUCAUCGAACAAUGAUACACCACCCACAUUUCUACUGAGGAACUGUCACUUUAGAGACUUCUCUUUACCCAAAUGAGCCGAAGAUGUGCAAUCAAAGUUUUUUUUUAUUUGUGUGAUUUUAAAUAUCUGUAUAAAAU